AACCCCCAAACCCCCGCGGGGAGCUUUCUCUCUCUAGAUAACCGGAGAGCAGAGAGAGCGAUCUUGGUGGCUGAAUCUUCGAAGCACCGGUUUUGGACCGAGCCCUUCCGUCCUUUUUCUGGCUUCUUCACGCCCACAUGGUUUGUGACAGGCUGUAGCGGUGGUGGCGGUGGUGGUGCUAGGGUUUCGUUGAUUGGUUGGUUGGCUGAUUGCGAGAUAGAUCUGGUGUGAUCAUGACUAUUACCAAGCCAUUGAUCACUGUUCAUCCCGAUGAACUCAAAUUUCAAUUUGAGCUGGACAAACAAAGUUAUUGUGAUCUUAAAGUUGUCAACAACACAGAACAUCACGUUGCUUUUAAGGUCAAAACCACAUCACCUAAGAAGUACUUUGUUCGACCCAAUACCGGUGUUAUACAGCCUUGGGAUGCAUGUGUGAUAAGAGUCACCUCUCAAGCCCAAAGAGACUAUCCUCCAGAUAUGCAGUGCAAAGAUAAGUUUCUUCUGCAGAGUACAAUAGUGCCUCCACAUACUGAUCUUGAUGAGCUCCCACAGGAUGCUUUCAAUAAGGACAGCGGGAAGGUAAUAGAGGAGUGCAAGCUUAGGGUUGUGUACACCUUAGCAAAUAGAAAUUCAGGGGAUGGAUCAUUUGCAAGCUCCAAUGAAAAUGCCGAUUACAACUCUAACCCAACUUUGCAGAGCCUGAAGGAGGAAAGGGAUUCAGCUGUUCGACAAACACAGCAACUGCAACAGGAACUGGAGCUGCUUAAGAGACGAAGAUAUCCGAAAAGUUCAGGAUUCUCCUUCAGAUUUGCAUUAUUGGCGGCACUUAUUGGGAUCAUGGUGGGUUUCCUCUUAAAUCUCUCAUUGUCGUCACCCUCUACAGAGUAGUUCAACACCUCCAGUGCUUCAGGAGACAAAUCUUGAUUGUCCAUUUCAUUGUAUAAUUUCUAAUGUUCUGUCGAAUAGAAAAGUUUGCCAAUUCGUUUGUUUCUUUCUGUAUAUUGAUAAUUGCAAAAUCGUGUCUUGAUCAGUUGGUUUGCAAAUAUGCUUGUUUUCCCUUGA